UCUGCCUAAAGAGUAGGAACGGCGAACGAUUCCGCUUUAAACUUUUCGCAUUUUUAGUUUCUUUAGAAACAGACAACUCGUGCACGACCACUACCCACAGGAUGGUAAAAAUGGUAAAAAUUGAAGCAAACAGUGAAUGUGUUCCUUCCAUUAAAAUUUCAAGACAGGCGAUUGUGCGGUUAAAUUAGUUUGGUCUCGUUCCUGAGACGACGACAUAUAUUCUUGAAUAGCGCGCCCUUAUAAUCGAGAGAGCGAGAGGGUGGCCGUGCGGCGAGGUCGAUAAGGAGGCCUGAUCGAUGCGCGCAUGUUUAUACCUGUUGCCAAUCGUGGUCCAGAAGAAGGAUGCUGACCUAUUACCACACAUAUAUUUAGACUAUAUGUAAUAUUGCAAUUAGGGAGUAAUUUAGUGACGUUCGGGGGUGGUGUCGAUGAAUUAGGUAAACGGCGUCGUGGAUUUUAACGGGACCUAGAGGUGAUUUUCAUGUGACAUGACGGCCCUUGAUUAAGUUAUAACGAAAACCGAAUUUCACACUCCGUCUAAGAUCCCCCGGGAAAGCCGAACAAGAAAGGAGAGGACGAAGAUGAACCGGGCCAGUUUUUUGGGUAGCGGAUGGGCAAGGUCGGGGGGGAGUAGUAUGGGGGUGGUACGGCGCGCUUAUCCGGCGUCUGGCGCGCAAUGGAACGUUCAGGUGGUGAGAGGAAGGGUUAACGGAAAAUGUCUUUGGAAUGCUUGUAAGGCCUUGAGCUUAGGACUACUUCUUAUGGUAUUGGGGGCUGCUAUGGCCACAAUAGGAUACUUUGCGGAUCACUUGUCAGUGGCACAGGAAGUUAGAGGAAAUUACACGGUCAAGAUUAAAAAUGAAUCCAGAGGUUUUCACUUAAAUAACCUCUCCUACGCCGGACCCAUCGUUAUGGGAGUUGGAGGCUUCAUUGUGGUCGCAGCAUGCGUCAUGACGUUUGAAGCGAGAGAUUCGGCGGCCAAAGUGGUGCCGGCUCGUUUAAAGGUAAGCUCAGGACCACCGGGUGCUCCUCUGUGUGGACGCAAUACCUCGUAUAUCGAACACACGACCCUUAGAACAGCAGGUUCGCAAACGAUGGCGACUCAACAUCAAUACCACUGUCUACAUUCUCAUCAGCAUUCCUCCGUGCAGCAUGUCCAUUCUCAUCACGACGCCGAAAGACGUGCCCUGACGCAUUCCUUCUUACAGUUCUCCCGAGGGCUCGUCUUGGAUACCGUCAACCAACAACCGAUCAAGAAAUCAAACCUCAUCGUACAACAGUUUUCAGUUAAUAAAAGUCCAUCGGCUCCUAACCUGAUGCAGGAGAAUAACGGAGAUAGUGUGGGUGGAAUUGAAUCAGGCAGCGGCGGCGACAGAGGCGUUAAUGUCGGGGGUGGUAGAUGCGGCGACGGCGCCGCCAACGUGGGCGAUUUGCUCAAACGAUCGCCUCUCGAUGAGAAGCGCCCAAGGUUUCACCAUCACGAGGGCAACAGGCGUAAUCCGGCAGCCUGUUCGACGCUCCUUGCGCGUCCUGGUCUUCAACGACACGCGCUUUCCGUUGACGAGACGGCUCAAACAUUCCGAAACGAUUUACAACCGGAUGCCGGUAGCCAGGGUUCAAUGGCAUUGGAUCUGCAUCUGGAGUGUCCUGUUACGUUAAGGGUGAGAGACCGUAGACGAAACCCUCUCCGGAGACAGCAAAGAGUUGACGAAGAAGACCGUUCGAACGACAACUCUCGAAGAAGUUCACAUUCAUGCUCACCAAGACUACCGUCGAGACACGUGAGAGAAUCAGGAGUCAUAGGGGGUUCGGUUCACCAACUCCCUACCACCACAACUACAACUACCAAUACUGGCACCCCUCAAAAGAACCACAGACGAAGUUCCAACGCAUCGGAUUGCAGUCACAGGUCUCGUUCACGUAGAAGAGACACUACACGCCAAAGAGGUCGCCUCGAACGCGCUAUCAGUUCCGAUUCCCGUUUGACGGGAGCCAUUCCCAAAUGUCAACAUCGUCACCGACAUCCUUAUUUCACGUCUCAAACUUCGUCUGAACAGGAACCGGGAGAAUCCAAGUCCGAUACCGAUCUCCAUCACGCGAACGUUGUGACACAUGUUAGUGUUCAUAAAGCGUAAGCAAUAUCACAAUGUUAACAGGUCUUCUUUCGUUAAGUAGGUCUAGUUUUCUACAAUACAUGUAGGUAAUGUAUGAGGAAGUCUAAACGACUAUUCGACGAUUUUAUACUGCAUUAUGGACUUAAAUUGUUUCUGAUGAUGGUCAUAGUCUAGAGCCUAAGCUUGCCAAAUAAUAAUUCAGAUUUAACGGAAAACAGAGCCCAAAGCAUGUAUAUCGAUUACCUUCGGCUUCUCAGUAAUUCGCAGUCACAUUUUAAUUUAUAUUAAAACUGAUAUUUCAACACGUCGAAAAACCUAUUUAUGCAGUUUUGGUCGAAACGUUGUCUUAAAGUGAUUAAAAUACAUAAUUUGAAUCUUGUAUGUUUUGAGAAAUUACGAAAAUAAUCAAAGCUGAAUAGAUAUUUUCGCCGAUUUUCGAUUUUCUAGAAGUUAGAUAAGUCAGGAUGGAAGGAGCAGUGGAGAUAUAAAACAGGGGAUAACGAAGGGUCGAAUCGCUUUCAACAACAAGAAGUGUG